AUGAUGGAUAACGGAGUGUUUGUUGAAUCAAUAAAAGUCGUGAACGAAAUUGAUGAUAUUAUCAAUCUUGAAGGAAAAAUAUUAAUAAAUAAAUUCGCUCACGAGAGAAAAAAUGUGACAGUAGAUUACUCUAAUGAUCUUUGGAAUACAUAUUUUAAUGUUGACGCAAAAAAAUCUCAUAGUAUUUCAUCCAAACAAGAUUUAUAUAUUUUCGAACUUACAACUUUUAAAAGACCAGGUGUACCACUCUAUCUUGAAUUUUCGAUUAAAUGUGAUGUUGCUGGUUCCGUUUUUUGGACCAAUGGUUAUCAAUAUAUAUAUGAUGAGGGAAUUUCUCCUAAAGAAUUUUUUUUCAAUAAAAUUCAGCUUCCGAAUCCUUCUGACGAAAGAAAAGAAGAAUGUAUUAUAUGCAUGGAAUAUUUCGAUCCAGACGACCUAAUAAAACUUACUGAUCAGUGCAUUCACGAUGACUGCAUGUGUCGUGAAUGUAUUCGAAAACAUAUUGAAACUGAAAUUUCUGAUAAGGGAAAUUUUAAGAUUUCUUGUCCAAAAGAUGAUUGUAUUGUGAUAUUACAAGGACAGGAUGUAAAAAAAUUUGUUGAUGACGAAAUAUUUAGCCGGUAUGUUGAUUUGAAUAUGUUGUGUGUCGGAUUAAAACUUGCGUCAAAUUAA